AUGCGAACGGUACAGUUGAGCUCGCCGUAUCCAAGUGAUGCACCAGUCGUGCCCGAGAUACAAAAGGGCGAAGGUAAGUCGGGAGUGCAGAGGCCAUGGCAGAAGCGGAUUAGUUUAUGUAUCCAAGUGAUUAGGUGUCCGAAUGCAUUAGGCCGGCAUGAGCCAAGAAGAGAGAUGGGGGAAGUGGACGAAGAGGAGGCUGCAUGCCAAGGACAAGGGGAAGAAACAUGCGGACGGAGUUAG